CAACACUUUAGUUGAACAAGGUACCGUGAUGAUAAGCAGCUGCACCGAUCAGUACACUCCUUAUUUUCCGCUUCACCAUUCCUGAAAGUGUCCAUGAGCGGAUUUAACGAAGACGACGAGAUUUUUGACAAAAAAAAAAAAACGAAGACGACGAGAAGAUUUUGCUGACUCGCAGACUUUUCAUUCGACUUCUUUCUCCGAUCUCGAGAAUUCCGUUUCAACGAUGAUCUUAGACGAGACGAAUCGAAACAAUCUCAUAUUCCUGAUCCUACAGUUCCUUCACGAAGAGGGCUACGAAGAGAGCGUACACUUGGAUUCUGAUAACAAUGCAAAGUUUCUGUUUUUGUGUAUAUUACUGGAGCAGGAUUCAGGGGUUUUCUUCAACUAUAGCUACUUCUCUGAUGCUAUCAUCAAUGGUAACUGGAAAGUUGCAGAGGAUUACCUUUCAGCAUUCACUAGUCCAGAAGAAAAUACAUAUUCAAGGAAGAUGUUCUUUCACUUGUACACGUGGAAAUUCUCUGAAGCAUAUGAUAGGCAAGCGAAAGCCAUUUACAAUUCAUUUUAUGAAAUUUUGGAUGUAACAUCUCUUAGGAUCUCUGUUGAUUGGUGGUUCCUUUCUUUGAGGGCACAGAAACAGAAAGCUAAACACUUAAGUGGUGGCUCUGAAUCUGUGGACAUUUUCUCAAAGGACUUGAGACGGAUUCCUAUCUUCAAAGAUGAUGGCUUCGACGAUUUGGUUGAGGUGAUUUCUGUAGAGGAUAUAAGGCAAGAACUAAGAUAUAUUAGCUGUUUACAAAUUACAGUUUGCUCCGAGGCAGAUCGCAUACAGUUGUUUAGUGGUGGCUUUGUUUGCAGAACUUCCGAACAAACUUGUUGCGCGAACAAAGCAUUGGUGAGAGCCAGACUGUGUGCUGAUCUCCGUGAACUAGCAGAAAGCAAUCCUUCUUUUCUUGGCAAACUUGUUUUUCCGAAGUUGAAUGAAUACGCACUGCUGUCGCUUAUCUUCCUCAUUUGUCCAAAUUGUAAUGGGAAGAAGGAAGAUCUCAUUUGUAUAAUCCUUCAAUUUCUACAUGAUGCGAAGUACAAGAACACUUUGCAUAAAUUAGAGCAACAAUCAAAAGUCUUCUUCAAUUUGAACUAUUUGGUGGAAGUGAUGACGCUCGGUCAAUUGGGCAAAGCUGAAGAAUACCUGGCAGCUUUUACAGACCUACACAAGAAUAAGUACUCAAAGGCUAUGUUUCUUGAAAUCCAGAAGCUUAAACGCCUAGAAUCUACAGAAUGGGAGGUUACAACCCCAUCUGGAUCUCUUGAUAACAUGUCGCCAAAGAAAAAGCUACGUACCUCUGUUGCCAUUCUAGCCAAGAAGAAUCCAGUGCUGAAAGAUAAACUCAACUUUCCUAACAUGGAAAAAUCAAGACUUUUAACACUGAUGAAGCAGACUAUGGACUGGUGGAAACCUCAAACAUGCAACAAUCCUGAUUCUCUCGAAGAUAUUCCAGUAGUACCGUACCUUUGUGGCGCACCAUCCUCUUUAGAAAACGAAUUCAGUGAAACAGGGCAAAGGACGAAGGUUGAUAACUGCAAAAUAAAGGAAAUCAAUGAUCCAUCUGAGUGUAAUGCACUGGUUCUUCCUGAUUAUUGUUCAGGAGGAAAGAUUGCACGUUUGACUUAUUCCUUUUCUGGAGAUUACAUACUUGCUUUGGCAGAAGACGGCACACAUAAACUCUGGACUUGGUCGAGUAGCCAAUAUGAAUUCUGCAAGUAUACGCCUCGAAUAUUGAAGGAAAACAUAUUUCCGAAGCCAAGGUUACAUCAACCUCAAAGUGGGAAAACUAUGAAAAACGAGAUAUCCACCUCUCUUCAAAAUUCAGAAAAUUCAGUCUCAUGCUUUGCGAUCAAGGGUUCCUAUAUUUUCUCUACUUCCGGAGGAAAAAUAGCAGUUUUUGAUCUCAAAAGCUUUGAGAAAGUAGCUGCUUUUGGAAGUCAUACACCUACGGCUACGUAUUUUAUAUUUAUCCCUGGUGAUUUGCUUGUGGUUGGGCUAGAUGAUGGCUCCAUCUUUGUCCAUUGUUUAUCCGCGAGAAAGAUCAAAGAAAAACUGGAGGGCCACGAUCAGAGAAUCACUUGCCUAGCGUUUUCGCGCUGUUUUAAAGUCCUCGUCUCAUCCGGAGCUGAUGGAAAGCUCUGUGUUUGGAGCACAAAAAGCUGGGAAAAGCUAACAAGUAAUGAUGACUCCAUGGAUAACUUUUUCACCCGGCAUAACCAUGAGUCCUCCUCUUUAGUAACUCACAUCGAGUUUGAUCCGUAUCAAAUUGAGCUACUCGUGGUCCAAGAGAGGUCGAUAACUGUACACAAAGCUCCAACUCUCGAUUGCCUUUUCCAGUGGGUACCAGAUGAAUCUGAUCAUACGUCAAUAACUUCUGCUACAUAUUCAUACGAUGGUGAGAUCAUGUAUGUUGGCUUAAGAAAUGGAUCUAUAAAAAUCAUGGACUCCAAGGCCUUUGGGACGAUUUGUCGAAUCAGUCUGACUGCGUUUACUCAACACAUCCCCAGCAGCUUCAGGCUCGAGGUUUAUCCGACUGUUGUAGCCACUCAUCCUUCACAUCCGAGCCAGAUCUCUGUUGGGCUCAGCAACGGUAAGGUCAUUGUUCUUCAGCCGUUGGGGGGAGUAGGAUGGGGUGAAGUAACAGUUCCUCCACCUGAAGACAAUGGAGCUUCUUCUGAUGGCUCAAAUGAGUCUUACUAACUAACCACAUAGGUUUACUUAGUUUUUUGUAUGCGUCUGUGGUUACUACUCUCUUUGUAGGGUAAUUACUAAUUAGUAGUUAAUAUUGCUCUUUUUGUAUGUCUCUGUGGUUACUGCUCUUUUUGUAGCGUAAUUAGUAAUUAAUAUAUUAUGGCUUUUGUGCAUUGUUCAUCGCAAUGCAUCUGUGGAAAAAAAAAAAAGGUCCUGUACUUUUUUGGGUAAUAUUUAUGAAUGUUAUUAACUGGAGAAGAAUGCUAUUGCUGGUAAAUUUAUUACGGUCA